AUGCCAAUUUUUCAGUAUCCAGACCCAGCCAACGCCGAUGGGCUUUCAUACGAGCCCGGAUCGGAAGAAAGAAAGCUUCUGAGAACUGCUCUUGCGCAGCUGGAGAAUUCAGUUGCUAAAAUCCCAAGCGUUAUCAAUGGGGAACGCAUUUUCACGGGCCGCAAGAGCAAACAAGUCAAUCCUUGGAAUCGAUAUGGCGCCCCUUUGGCAGAAUAUCACGAAGUUGACAUGGAAACAAUCAAGAGAAAAGCCAUUCCGAACGCCCUGGAAGCAAGAAAGACCUGGGCAAAUAUGUCAUUUAAACAUCGAGCAGCCAUCUACAGGCGAGCGGCACACCUUACAUGCGGACGGGCCGAAGGGGAUUGCAUAGCUGAAGUUAUCGAUACUUUGAAUUUCCACGUCCACUUCUGCGCUCAGCUCUACCAGCAGCAACCGCCGAAACAAUUCGAAUCCUCAUCCGGUAGAUUGGAUUAUCGGGCCCUAGAAGGAUUUGUGCUCGCUAUCUCGCCCUUCAACUUUACGGCCUUGGGAGCGCACAUUGCUUUCACGCCAGCUCUGCUAGGCAAUGUUAUCCUUUGGAAGCCUUCACCCAUGGCAGUGAUGUCCAACUAUAUCCUGUACGAAAUCAUGGAGGAGGCGGGUCUGCCAAAGGGUGUGAUUCAGUUUUUGCCCGUGGCCAACCCACAGACAGUUGUUGAGCCAGCUCUUGCCAGCCCUCACUUCGCCGGCCUUCAUUAUACUGGCUCUUCAGCAAUCCUAAGAACGCUUCAUGCUCAGAUCGGCGCCAACGCUCAUAUAUACAAAAGCUUCCCCCGUAUCGUAGGGGAAAGCGGAGGCAAAAACUUCCAUCUUAUCCACAAUCCCUGCAAAGACGAUGUUGACUGGAUUGCUUCUGCUGCAGUGCGCUCAGCAUAUGAGUUCCAGGGCCAGAAAUGCAGUGCUUUGUCCCGUCUUUAUGUUCCACAGUCCAUGUGGGAUCAGGGUACUUUGAGACUGGCAUUGGCUCUAGAAGCAGCCAAGAUGACACACGGAGACGAUGUCAAACAGCUUCACCAUCCUUUAGGUCCUCUGUGCUCGGAAAGUUCGUUCCAGCGAUUUCAAAAAUUUGUUCAAUGCGCCAAGGAUGAAGGUCACGAAUUGGUUUACGGUGGCAACACAGAUGGCAGCAAGGGGUAUUUUGUUCAGCCUACCAUCUUCAGAACCAAAGGUAAUCAGGAAUCUGAUUUAAUGAGUAAAGAGCUCUUUGGUCCCCUUUUCACAGUUCAGACAUAUGAUGAUUCCACCGCAGGUGGCUUCGAAGACGUAUGCACGCUCAUUGAUGGCACGUCCGAGUACGCCUUGGCAGGUUCCGUCUUUGCCCGUGAUAGACGGGCUAUUCAAAUUGCAGAUGAGAAACUGCGAGACUCGGUCGGCAUGUUUUGCAUUAAUGACAAAAGUACAGGGGCGGUUAUUGGUGCGCAUCCGUUUGGAGGGGCUCGUUCAAGCGGUACAAAUGACAAGGCAAAUUCGGUGAAUGUUUUGCUGAGAUUUUCGAGCAUUCGUUGUGUAAAGGAUAGUUAUGUGACGGGCAGCACUACUUUGUCGGCUUGCCAUAUUCCAGAAUGA